AUGUUUCUGCUGAAAGAGCGAAGCGAAAUGCCGGCACUGUUCACCGAGAUGGGCGAACUGUCCCGUUCGGGAACAGUCGAAGAAUGGCGCGAGACGGCACGCUGGGUAAAAUUCGAGGAAGAUGUGGAGGAAGGCGGUAACCGAUGGUCGAAGCCGCAUGUUGCCACUCUCUCACUUCAUGCCCUCUUCCAGCUACGCUCCUGCCUGAUGAAUGGAGUUAUCAUCAUGGAUUCUGAAGCGAAAGAGUUCGGAGAACUUGUUGGUAAGUGA